AUGAGUCGCCCGAAGACUGCAUCAGAGGGCGAGCCCGAAGAGUUCACACAACAUAGCAUUAUUGCACUGAAAUGUGUAUCAGAUCUGGAUAGCCGAAUGAAAUCCUUAGCAAAUUCUGUUAACCGACAAGUUGCUUGGAAUGAGACGAUCCGGCAUGAUCUGGAAGAUGCCCUGAGCCGGCUCGCCACUCUGGAGACUCGAAUGAAAGAUACGAUGGAACCGUUCACCAUGAUUAAUGGCUCAUUCUGUGACCGUGAUAGCGCUCAACCCUAUGCCCCCGAUCUCUCGGACCAGGAUUCACAAUACGCCCCCACUCCAGGAUACUAUAACGAGACACUACACUCGCAUUUUGAGUUCAGCCCUACCCCGGAUCGCUAUCCCCAGGGCAGUCCCGUAGCCUCAAUCUGCGCCCCGCAAGAAACACCAAGACUUCUUCAAGUCGGUGAGUGGGAAGCAAGUAGACCAGAUGACGAGUUUCCACCGACCUUUAUUCGGUAUACAAUCGAGUGGAAAGUGAAGGUGAACAACCGGUUCAGGUGGGAGGACACGAUAAAGAAUGUGACCCUGACACCAAGUGCCUAUUGGCCUUCGGUCCUGAGGCCUAAGUUGGAGAACGUGCUUCAAGAGCGGAUCCCACGUAGCCGAAGGGUGAGAUCGGAUGGCACGCUUGUAGUCAUGUCGGUCAACGAUCGCAAACACAAGAACGAAAAAUUCUGGUUUCAAUCCCUUGAUAUUGAUUGGACUGCAGUGGAGGAGCAACUAAUUACUUGGGGGAAACUUCACACUCGAGGCAAGGAACUAAGGGUAAUUAUUACUUUCAACUAUACAGAGGACGAUAACCUUUCCAGGAGUGCAGCAGGUAGGGGUGAAAAACGAGGGAAGUCAUCUGUGACGAAGAGAAUGCUUGGCGAGCGUGAUGCACAACUUGAUGCUGAAGAGCAUGUAUCUGGAGAGCAGUCCAUCUGGCGGGCUGUCUAUAGCUUAAUGCGUUGUCCUUUACCAUCCUGUCAUCUUGGGCCGCAUUGCUGGCAGGAUCCUCAUGGAAAGAAACACUACCAAUUGAGAACGCAUCAUUUGAAACGCCUGAUUGCGUAUGUCGAUGCUGGGGGUGUUUUAGAGUGCCAAGAUGAUGUUCCCGAUGCUGUUCGGGAAGAAUUAUAUAUGGAAGAACAGCAGAAGAUGGAGCAUUCACAGUCCAAGAACAACAAAUCGCUCACUCCCGGAAACUGCCCACCUAUCAACAUCAAUUUCAUGGGAGGACAAUCUUCUAUACAACCAGCAGCAGCUGAUUGUAUCCCACAAUCCGAAAUGUCUUCCCACCAGAAACAGCAUAGAUUUAUUCUUCUCACAAUUGAUGGCCCACGGGAUGUGGCUGUGAAGGAAUACAGCGCCUGGCAAGAAACAAAUGUCAUCGAUGCAAAUUUGAGGGCUCAAUUCCAGUUGGCUUGUGAUGUCACGCUCGCCAACGGUCUGGACCUUGAGCAGAUUCACGAGGAUCAAAAUCCGGAAUUUUUUGUCCAAGAAGGAAUUGCGGUAGGUAUUGCACGCCGCUUUGUCGGUGAUAUCAUUAAGUGGGUGGGGGAGAUAAGAAAUCAAUAG